ACAGGUCCAAUGUGGUAUCUGAGUGAGCGUCUGCUGUGGCUCGGAGAAGACGGAGAUGUAGUUGUCUCGGAUACCAACCUCAACAACUCUGCCGCUAUUCACACUUCGAAUUUAGGAGUUUCCCAUUUCAUCGUGGUACUUCCAGACCUACAGCCUGUUCCAGAUGGUGUUGAAAGACCAGUUGUAACUCCAGGUCUGAUUGAUGCAAAUUCACUUCUAGUGAAAGGAACCUGGACAAUUUUUUCUCUCGAAUGGAAUCCCAUCACUAAUGUUAAUUAUGGUAGCCUUAUGUAUGAAGUCAUCAUUGACAAUGGCAACAACAAAAAAGCAUUUCUCACGAAUGAAACUAUCAUUCCCUACGAAGAUGUACUGCCCCCGUAUUCUUCUCUCAAGGUAUCAGUAAGAGGCAUUACAGACUGGAGUGCAGGUACCCAGCUUUUGAAAAACCUUCAUACACCAGCACACUUACCGAAGCGCCUCAAGACCUGCGGACAUUUGUACAUAAAGUUCAGGAUUCAGUUGCGAAGAUCUACCUACGUUGGUCUCCUCCAGAAAAACCAAAUGGCGAAAUAAUUAAUUAUAAGAUACUUUACUGCAUUGCAGAAGUUGAAGAGAAAUGCAAAAGUGAAAUUGUGAAUGGCAAGGUGUUCCAGUUAACAAUUGAAAAUCUGAGUUCUGACCAUUUAUAUAGG